AUGGCUCAAUUUGAAGCACUUUAUGGUAGGUGGUGUAGAUCUCCGGCUGGGUGGUUUGAAGUAGUUGAGUUUGCUCUAAUUGGACCCGAACUAGUCUAUGAAUCCAUUGAUAAGGUCCGACUUAUAAGAGAGAGGUUGAAGACGGCCCAAAGUUGGCAAAAAUAUUAUGCCGAUGCUAGAAGGAGAGAUCUUGAAUUUGAGGUUAGGAAAGUUGCUUAUGAAUUGGAAUUGCCAAGUGAGUUGGCUCCGAUUCACGCGGUGUUUCAUGUUUCCAUGCUCAAGAAGUGCAUUGGUGAUCCGGUAUCAAUCCUUCCUUCAGAGGGUUUAGGAGUUGAUGAGAACCUUUCCUAUGAAGAAGUCCCAGUUGAUAUGUUGGACCGACAAGUGAAGAGGUUGAGAAAUAAGGAAGUGGUUUCCGUUAAAGUCUUCUGGAGAAACUUAGUUGAGGGUGCUACAUGGGAGGUCGAGGCGGACAUGAAGUCCCGCUAUCAUCAUCUUUUUCCUUCUACUCCUUUCCCAACAUGA